CGCACCGCCCCCCUUGCACCGCACCGCCCUGGACGGGACGCGGGGCGGAGCCGCGGGAAGCGGCUGCCGCGGCGGCUGGUGGCUGCCUGGGCUCUGGGCUGGUAGCGCGGGUGCCCCGGGGUUGCCGCGGUUCUCCGCGGUUCUCCGCCCCGCCAUCGCUGGCCUUCUGCCUCUCGCCGCCCGGCGUGAGCCGCGCCUCUCCUGCCGCCUGUCUCCGCGCAGCCCUGGCGGUGCAAGGCAUGAAGCUGAGCAAAGCCCAGUACGAUGAGAUAGCCCAGUUCCUGGGGCACGUGCAGCCCACCCGGCAGAGUCUGAGAAAGCUGAAGGAGAAGUUUCCUAGUCAAUCGCAGUCCACUCUGCUGAGCAUCUUCUCCCAGGAGUACCAGAAACAAAUCAAAAGAACACAUGCCAAGCAUCACACUGCUGAAGCUAUUGAAACUUACUACCAAAGGUAUCUGAAUGGGGUGAUGAAAAAUGCAGCUGCCCCAGUGUUACUGGACCUGGCCAAUGAGGUGGACUUUGCCCCAUCAUUGAUGGCUCGUGUUGUGUUGGAAAGAUUUCUACAAGAAAAAGAACAAGCCAUCCCCACCAAAACUCUUAUAAAUAGCAUGUUACGGGACCCUUCUCAGAUUCCAGAUGGAGUGCUAGCAAAUCAAGUCUAUCAGUGUACUGUGAAUGACUGUUGUUAUGGACCACUGGUGGACUGCAUCAAACACGCUAUUGGGCAUGAGCAUGAAGUCUUGCUGCGAGAAAUGCUUUUGGAAAAAAAUCUCUCAUUCAUAGCUGAAGAUCAGCUUCGUGCAAAGGGUUAUGACAAAACACCAGACUUUAUUUUAGAAGUGCCAGUAGCUGUGGAAGGACACAUCAUUCACUGGAUUGAAAGCAAAGCCUCAUUUGGUGACGAAAGUAGCCACCAAGCCCACUUGCAGGACCAGUUUUGGAGCUACUGGAACAGGUUUGGCCCUGGAUUAGUCAUCUACUGGUACGGAUUUAUUGAAGAGCUGGACUGCCAUCGUGAGCGUGGCAUCCUGCUAAAAGACUGCUUCCCUACUGACAUUGUGACUCUGCGGCACAGCACGGCUCAGUGCUGAUGUUGGAGGAAGAGGUAAAUCCGGAAGCAAUUUUACUUUCCUGCAGUGUAAACUAAUGGCAGCAUCUGCCCUGAACUUCAGCUGAACUCCUGCUGCCUGCCCUUAUGCUACUGCUGCUUUACACAAACAUAUCAAGAGUUUCUGUUUUGCUUCAGACCUCUGUUGUGAUCAGCCAAAAAAGACAGACACAACCCACUCAUUAUCAGCAGUUCUGUCUCUGUCAAACAGCUAGUUUCAAGAUACUCAUAAUCUUUCUUCCUUCCGGAUGGCUUCUUCAAGCAUUCUAAACAAAGACAAAAAUGCAGAGGCUGAAAGGUGGAGCUUUCAGUUCUUUUCCCUGUUACAGAGUCACUUAUAAAAUUAAGUGCUUUUUAUGAAUUCAUUAUGUGCUAGUGAUGUGACUAAAACACCUACAGUGGUGUGGAGGUUUGGUGAAAACUGUUGUUUUGGAGCUUAAAGCAAUAUAGGGCAAAGCUGGUAAAGCCCAAGUGGUAAGAGAGGAUCAUGGCUGUUACAGUAAAUAGCCAGAUUUGGAGAUAAUAAUUGGUGUAUGUGUUUUGUCACUAUCUGAUUGUUAAAAUCAACAGUGGAAUCCCAAGUUAACAGUUAAAAAAUAGGAGAUUUUGAGAGGGGGUGAAAGCAAAGAACGCAGUUUUUAUUUUAUGUAUAUAAGCCUGUGAAAUUUGGGGGUGAUGUGGGGGAGGCUUUGUAAGUAUUUUAAUGACUCAAAAAUAACUCAUGUUUUGUCUUUUUCUCUUCCUCACCCCCGGGGAAUCUAUACUUAGGAAUUUUCCUCUUUACUGACUAAGGUAGGAAUCUCUCUUAACCCCUGCAGGUACUGUAGCAAAUUUCUGGCACACUGAAGUCUAAAAGAACAUGCAGGAGCUUUCUAUGUGACUUAUUUCUGAAGGAGUUUACCAUCCCAGUGUUCAAGAAGGGGAAUUAAAAAAAAAGAUACAACAGUGCUUCAUACUGGAUCCGUUCCACAAGACAAAUAAAGCACACACAAAUGGACUGAAGUUUCCUGCGUACUUGUUUUCUUGUAAGAACCUUGUUUUUCUCUUGUUAGAACCACUAAGAUCAGAAGUUCAUUGAGGUGGGUGUUGGCUCUUGGUGAAGUUUUGAGUUCAGUCUCUUCUUUUUCCAUCCACAUUGCCACUCAGAGAAGCAAGACUGGGUCUCAGGUUUGUGCUCUCAGCAGUGUCCUAAUGACAGCAGCUUGUUGGGCUUGAUACACUUCAGUUCUCUUCUCUGUGCCAACUCUUACUCAGGAAAGGACAAAAUAUUUUAAAAUGUCAGUGAGAGAUUUGCCUGUAUGCUCAUCAUGUUCCGAUUUCUGAGAAGAGCUAUGGAUUCAGCUGUAGAAAUAAAGAUCUGAUAACAGUCUCCCUAAAGCACAAGUUGAUGAUCUUUUCCAGAAAGAAAGGGUCUCUAAAACAUUGCAGUGCCUAUUCAUCACCUCUUUUUUCAUUGAAGUGGUACAUAUGUUUUCAAAAAUCGUGUGCAGACUUGCCUUGAGUGGAAAGGGUAUUAAUCCUAAUCAGGAGUUUUUCAGCUGUAGUUUUCAGAUGCAUACACAGUAUUUUUAUUUUUAAUUUUUAAUUUUCACCUUAACACUUUCUGGUAAGUUUUAGGCAAGAAUUUAUCAUUUUGACAAAUCUUUAAUUUUCAAGAAAAAAUGUGUUUAAUCUUCUAGUACUCUGUCCCUUGCUGCAGAGAUAAACUAGUAUAACUCCAAUGAGUUAUUGUCGAAUAGAGAUAUUUUCCUGGGUUUGAAUGUGUUAUAGUAAAGAGACUUGUUUUUAAAAAAUAUUCAAGCACCGGUAACUCAUUUGCGUUCAGCUAUUUAAGGUAUUGUGCUGAGCUUGUUUUACCUGACCAGCUGUAAGGUGUCUGCCCUUUCAGAUUCACAGAAGCAGUCUGUGAAUGUACCUGCCUGAUGCUACAUUUAGGGUGUUACUCCCCCUGGGACUUUUAACUAUGGUUUAGGUUAGUGGAAUGUGUAAAAACAGCAAGAGAAUAAAAAAGAAGGAAUAACUGAACAUUGUCAUAGUAGAAAAUUCAGAAGUAAUGGUUGUCUGAGUGAAAUGGGUUUUAAAGGCAAACAGUAUUUGUCUUAGCUACUGCAUAUGCUUUCUGUUGUAUGAAAUCAUUUAAAUCAGCUUUUACAUGAUACACUAAUGCUGCUUUUUCUGUUUGAAUAAAUUAAACUUAUCUGCACAGAUGUUGAAAAUUCUGCUAACCUUCAUCAAAGCUUUGCUUUAUUUGUUUUUACAUUAAACAAAUUUAUGUGGAGAGGCACAGAUAAAUCAGUUUAGGCUUAUAUUUGUGUACUUAUUCCUCUACCUAAUGCUGUGACAUAACAGGUUGGAAAGCAGUACAGCUGUCUUUAAUCAGAGCUUUGAACUCAUCUUCAUAUAUUGCCCACUUAAAGAAUCUGUAUUAGAAUGACUACACAAAAGUCUAUAUACUGUACCAAUUUCAUUGCAUGCUAUCAAAAAAGCUUUGCUACUGCAAAAACUAUGCUGUGUCACUAUUUUAAAUGCUGAAAGCAAAACAUAAAAAAAUAGGACUAUUUUGUUAUUACUGCUUGUAUACUG